GAGGGGCAUUGCUGGCAUAUGAUGGCGUAUAUUACAUUGGUGGAUGUGCAGGUGAAUGAACCAGUGAUGGUGUGGCUGAUCUGGUUAGGUCCUGUGAUGGUGUCGCUGGUGUAGAUAUGUGGGCAGAGUUGGCAUCGAGGUUUGUUGCAUGGAUUGGUUCCUGAGCAAGAGUUAUUAUGGUGUGGUGUGCAGUUGCUGGUGAGAAUAUGUUUCAGGUUGGCAGGUUGUCUGUGGGCAAGGAUUGGCCUGCCACCCAAGGCCUGUGAAAGUGUGGGAUCAUUGUCCAGGAUGGGUUGUAGAUCCUUGAUGAUGCGUUGGAGGGGUUUUAGCUGGGGGCUGUAUGUGAUGGCCAGUGGAGUCCUGUUGGUUUCUCUCUUGGGUUUGUCUUGCAGUAGGAGGCUUCUGGGUACACGUCUGGCUCUGUUGAUCUGUUUCCUUAUUUCCUCACGUGUACCCAGAAGCCUCCUACUGCAAGACAAACCCAAGAGAGAAACCAACAGGACUCCACUGGCCAUCACAUACAGCCCCCAGCUAAAACCCCUCCAACGCAUCAUCAAGGAUCUACAACCCAUCCUGGACAAUGAUCCCACACUUUCACAGGCCUUGGGUGGCAGGCCAAUCCUUGCCCACAGACAACCUGCCAACCUGAAACAUAUUCUCACCAGCAACUGCACACCACACCAUAAUAACUCUUGCUCAGGAACCAAUCCAUGCAACAAACCUCGAUGCCAACUCUGCCCACAUAUCUACACCAGCGACACCAUCACAGGACCUAACCAGAUCAGCCACACCAUCACUGGUUCAUUCACCUGCACAUCCACCAAUGUAAUAUACGCCAUCAUAUGCCAGCAAUGCCCCUCUGCUAUGUACAUCGGCCAAACUGGACAGUCUCUACGGAAAAGGAUAAAUGGACACAAAUCAGACAUUAGGAAUGGCAAUAUACAAAAACCUGUAGGAGAGCACUUCAACCUCCCUGGCCACACUAUAGCAGACCUUAAGGUGGCCAUCCUGCAGCAAAAAAACUUCAGGACCAGACUUCAAAGAGAAACUGCUGAGCUUCAGUUCAUCUGCAAAUUUGACACCAUCAGCUCAGGAUUGAACAAAGACUGUGAAUGGCUUGCCAAUUACAGAACCAGUUUCUCCUCUCUUGGUUUUCACACCUCAACUGCUAGAACAGGGCCUCAUCCUCCCUGAUUGAACUGACCUCGUUAUCUCUAGCUUGCUUGCUAGCACACAUAUAUAUACCUGCCCCUGGAUAUUUCCAUUACAUGCAUCUGAGGAAGUGGGUAUUCACCCA